GCAGACUGGAACCAAACAUCGAGUGAUGGCUGCACGACGCUGCACUAUAUAAUACCAGCCGUGCGAGGCGUAAAUAAUCUUUACCAGUCCACUACCACAGAAGUACAAUGCCUCUUCCAGUCGCUGAGAUAGCGAAACUUGUCGCAAGCGAUGCCUAUCGCGCCGACCCCACUGUUGUCAACGAGGCCCUCGAAAUCCUCGCGAAGACCCCCGGUUUCAUCGCUGCCUGGCACGGUCUUGAGAUUCAAGAUCCCCAAUAUCUCUACGCCGUGAUCCUCUGGGAGAGCGUUGAGCAUCAUCGCGCGCUGAUAGCAGACCAAGUUGCCUACCCCGCCAUCGGCGAGAAGAUGCGCAAGGUCUCAAACGGCAGAGUCUGGCUGUACCACGUCCACUUCAACGCCGAGGUCGACAAAGCGCUGAAUGCCCCCACCACCGAGCUCGCACUCAUGACCGUGAAGGACUCGGUCGAGACAUCCCAGUACCUGGAAACCGCGAAGACAAUCGUCCCUCAGAUUUACAGCACACUCCCAAAUGAAGUGUUUGAAGGCGGCUGGGGUCCUACUGUCGAGAACGACAGGAAGUUCAUGAUUUGCCUUGGAUGGCACAGCGUCGAGCGAUUCUUUGCUGCCUUUAAGGGCGCUCCUGAGCUAUUCGCACGGAUUACUGCGCUCAAGGAACUAAGCGAAGUGGAUCUGAGGCAUGCGAAGCUGACGAAGUAUUAGUGUACUAGUACACAGCUUACAGUGUACCGCGCUUCGACAUUAAAUAUGCAAGCUAUCUCCAGGCGUUUGCUGUGGAGUGCCA